AGUCUGGGGAGAUGAAAUGAAGAGGUUUUGGAUGAGCUGUGGGGGGGCCAUUUCUCGGUCUCUGCCGAGAGGUUGGGCUUCGUUUCCAUUGAUCGACAGUAUAUGCCUUUUGGUUGUCGUUGCUGCUGUGAUGCUGGCUGGCCGUGGGGUACUGCCGGUGUUUUUAUGUUUGGUCAUUGAAUGUGUGCGUGUUUGGUCUUUUGCGGUCUUCUCGCUGCUAUUUGACAGCUCACUAUCGUCAUCACGUUGCUAAGCCGUGAAGCAAUGGGAAACCUCAGUUUGAAGGGCCUUUGUUUCUUCUUCCUUGGGCUCAGGCUUUUGCCGGUCGAGAAGCUACUUCCACCACGGGUCGAGAGUCGUGUUUUGCCUGGUCUGUUUCGACAGCUCCAUCCAGCCAUCCUCUGAUCCUCCCCUCACGUCUGUAUUUCGAAA